UUUCCCCUCUUAAAUUCCCAAAAAGAUUUGCAAAGUUUUUUUUUUUUUUUUUAAACAGUUUUCUUUGUAGCUGGGGGACACAAUACACUCUAAACUCAGUCUCCAAAGUCCUGGAAAGGUUCCUCCCUCCCUAUCCAACUUUCCCUAAUAUACUUUAUUUUGAUUAGUCAAAGGCUGGGCCUUGAGCUUGUGAAGUUUAGAAAGAGCCAGGAGCUAAUCGGGCAGCGUUUGUCCCGCGUCUUUCUCCCUGUUUCUGGGCAAAAGCAAACAAGCUGGUCUUUUUUGUUAGCCCGAUAAAUGCUAUUUAUGAAGAUGGACCUGUUGAACUACCAAUACUUGGACAAAAUGAACAACAAUAUUGGCAUGCUGUGCUAUGAAGGUGAAGCAGCUCUAAGAGGUGAGCCCAGAAUGCAGUCUCUUCCAGUAUCCUCUGCUCUAACCAACCAUCGAACAGGCCCUCCUCCCAUCAGCCCCAACAAGAGAAAGUUCAGCAUGGACCAAGGGGAUGAUGAGCUAGACUGUGAAAAUGAACAUGUCUCUAAAAUGAGUCGAAUGUUCAACCCGCACCUAAACAAGCCUGCCAAUGGGGAUUAUCGAAAGGAGCACAGAGACAGGAGUCGCAGUCCAAUAGAACGGGCUGCUGCCCCAACAAUGAGCCUUCAUGCCAAUCACAUGUAUGCCUCAAUCCCAAGCUUGACCAUGGAUCAACCUCUAGCACUGACCAAAACCAGCAUGGAUGCAACGCGAACAGUCAGCAUCACGCCUGCGCUGACGUCUGUGGAACGGCAGCAGAACCGUCCAUCUGUAAUCACAUGUGCCUCUGCAAACACCCGUAACUGUAACCUCUCCCAUUGCCCCAUCGCCCACAGUAGCUGUGGUUCAGCCAUGCAAGCCAGUUACAGAAGACCAUCUAGCACUACCACUGCCUGUGAUCCAGUGGUGGAAGAGCACUUCCGCAGAAGCCUUGGCAAGAAUUACAAGGAGCCUGAGCCAGUGGCAAACUCUGUGUCCAUCACAGGAUCAGUUGAUGACCACUUUGCCAAAGCACUUGGAGAUACAUGGCUUCAAAUUAAAGCUGCAAAGGAUGGAGUGUCCAGCAGUCCUGAGUCUGCCUCAAGGCGGGGCCAAUCUUCCCCUUCUUCCCACAUGGUCAAUCAUAAUCAUUCGCCCUCUGUAGUCUCAUGAAGAGAGCGGAUCAUCACACUUCCGAAUUUGCAUGGUUUGACUGAGCUUUGAAUAGUGUUGGGGUGAGGAGAGAUUAGUUUUCAACACGUUUUUGUGUACUUGUUUGGUAUUUGUACAAGGGUGCCCUUAAAGAUGAUAGCAGGAACUAUUUGAUAAAGAUCUAUAUGAUGUAGCAUCCUUUUUUUCCUGCCUCAGUUACCAAAGAAACCU